AUGAGCCCGACUGAGAAAACCGGCGAGAGCAGCCAGACACGAGCUGACAGUCGCCUUCUCCCUGCCCCCGAUGGCUUCCCCGAGAACCCGGUCCUGGCCGCGCAGCAGGCGGCGUCUGCCUGGACCGAUUCCUCCCGGCCCAUCGGUGGGCCUCUCGGCGAUGCCUUGAAAACUCAUCGCGACGGCAGCCCGGGCUCGACCGGCGCACGAGGACGCUUCCUCCGGGACCCCCUCGGCCUCCAUCUCGAUAGGUCUCGCUCGCAGUCGCAAAGCCCCUUUCGCCUGGCCAUGCCCUCCAUUUCCCCCGGCCAGCUCGCCUUCUCCGCCAUGCAGUAUCUCCCCAUCCCCACCAUCGUCUUGAAUAACCUCAAGACCGUUGUUCUAGCCAACGAAGCCAUGGGCAGGAUCAUGGGCACCGUCACUGAUGACGUUGAUCCAUAUGACGCCACGGCUACCCUAGAGCGCCUGCGCGGCCAGACGCUGUCCCAAGUCGGUAUCGAUAUGCUGCAGGAAGGCCGGCCUGUGUGGAUAUCGUGGGAGUCCUUCCUCGACUCCCUCGUCCACGACAUCGGCGUUCGGCCACCUGCUGCGGAGCCGAGACGAACAAACUCCCGCUCGGGAGGCGACGCCACCCCGACCAUCGCAUCUCUGGGCAGCUUUGCCCGGCGCGACGACGCCCCCGGGCAGCCCAACAGAGAUGCCGUCGUCGACGUGGUGAUUAGCCGCAAGGACUUGUCCAAGACUACCUUUGACAGCCGCCUCAAGUCCAAGGAAUCCGAGUACCAAGCCUUUGCCAAGAUGAUCAUCACGAUUUGGGAAGUCGAGGAACGGCAAACCUACUUUACACUGACCUUCACCAACACUCAGUCGCAUCCCUCGAUCCCACUGCACUCCAGAAAACCGAUCGCGAGAUCAAGCCUCCUCGAGGCCGCCGAUCGGAAAUCCAUUAGCCACUCGAAUCCUUCCUCGGUGGCCUCGAGCCGCGACUCAAGCUCGCCCUCGUUUCAUAGCCCCGGUGUCGUCACAAUGUCGUCGAGCCCCUUUCCCCCGAUGGGCCCGCCGUCGUUGACUUCGCAUUCGAGCACCCCGUCGCUGCUCCAAAAGAUCACGCUGAUGAAGGACGCGCUCCUCGACAACACGCAGAUGCCCAUAUUGGCCAUGUGGAAAGACGGUAGCGUCGCGUUUCCCAACAAGGCUUCGAGGCUCCUGCUCGCCCCCGAUGCAGUCCUGGAUGCGACUGCUGAUGGCUUCGACCUGCUGGCUAAGUGGCAGCUGUGGGCCGACGACUUCUCCAGGGAGCUGCAUGUCAGCGAGUAUCCCAUGUCAAUCCUCCUCAGGACCGAGGCGCCCUUCGCCAGCAUGCGCGUCGGCAUGUACGAUGGAGAGGGGAAGAAAGUCGUCCUCGAUGUUCUCGGCGAGGCGAUUCGAGACGACAACACGGGCGAGUUUCUUGCAGGCGUGGUGACGGGCCAUGACGUCACCAUUAUGACCGAGGAGAUGACGCAAAUCAAGGAGCGCGACGACGAGCGGUUCAAGCUCAUCUGCGAUACCAUGCCACAGCUCGUGUGGACAGCAACGCCAGACGGGCUGUGCGACUUCUUCAACACGCGAUGGUAUUCCUACACGGGCCUGACACCGGCCGAGUCUCUGGGCCUGAGGUGGCAGAAGCCCUUCCACCCUGACGACACGCAAGAGACGAUGACUCGUUGGUACCAUUCCCUACGUACCGGCGACCCGUACAUGGCCGAGUACCGCUGUCGCAGCAAGGAAGGAGAGUGGAGGUGGUUCCUGGGACGUGCCCUGGCCGUGCGAAACAAGGACACGGGUGAGAUCGAGAAGUGGUUUGGAACAUGCACCGACGUUCACGAAAGCAUGGAGACCAAGUUCGCCGCCAAGCGCACCCGGCAACAGCUGCUCAGUGUCAUCGCCCAUUCCCAUGUCACCAUCUUCACCGUGGACCCUGGCCGCCUGGUCACCAUGCUCGAGGGCGCACUGAUUUGGAACAAUACCUAUGAGGAGAAUCACGAUGGGAGCCGAUGGUUCAUUGGCGAGAACAUGUACACCGUCUUCAAUCGCCUGACCGAACAGCUCCCCGAAGGCGAACGACCCGAGUUUCUUCGGCCAAUCGAGGACAUUCUCGACGGCAAGUCGACAGAGGAUGUCGAGGAGCAUGCAAUUGAUGACCGUUACUAUCGCACUCGAUUUCUGCCCAUAUACGGCAAAAAGUCGCAGGACGGCAAGAGUACUGGCCAGAGUUGCGUCGAGGGAGUCAUUGGCGUCAUCAUGGACGUGACGGAGCUCAAGGAGAGGGAAGAGGCCAUACGAGAGCAAUCCCGGGAGAAGCGUCGAGCCAUGGCAAACGAGGCGGCGGCCAAGGAGGCGAAUAGGCUCAAGAGUCAGUUUCUCGCCAACAUGUCACACGAGAUUCGGACGCCCAUCACGGGUGUGCUGGGCAUGGCCGAGUUGCUGGGUGAUAUGGAGCUCGAUGAGGAGCAGCGCGACUACGUCGAUAACAUCCAGAGCUCCGCCACUUCCCUGCUCACCGUCAUCAACGACAUCCUCGACUUUUCAAAGGUUGAGUCUGGGCACCUGGACAUCGAGGAGGUCCAGUUCUCGUUGUCCCUCAUCGUCAAGGAAGUGGUUCGCAUGCUCAAGUUCGCCGUCGAGCGCAAAAACCUGGAUUUCCAAGCGGACAUCGGCGGAGACAUCGAAAACGAAAUGGUUGUCAUUGGAGACCCUGGCCGGGUUCGCCAGAUCAUCACCAACCUCCUGACCAACAGCAUCAAGUUCACGACUCAGGGCUAUGUGCGAUUUUCGGCGGUCAAAGAGAAGGAGACAGCGGACUCCAUCGAAAUAAAGUUCAUGGUCGAGGACACUGGAAUCGGCAUCCAAGACGAUGUGCAUAGGAAGCUGUUUCAGCCCUUCAGCCAAGGCGACGCAUCCACGGCGCGGCGGUUUGGCGGGACCGGCCUGGGACUCACCAUCUGCAAGAACUUGUUGGAUCUGAUGCGUGGCCGCAUCAGCCUGGAAUCGACGGUAGGAACGGGCACGACGGCCACCUUCUGGAUCCCAUUCAACAAACCACACGGCCCGCGCGACACGAGCCUGGUGCAGAGCGGCGCCAUACCCGAUCGGUUGCAGUCGGAACUGAGCUUGUCGUGCAACAGCUCAGAAUACGAACAUGUGGCCGGCACCUCUACCGGCUCGGAUGGAAUCCCGCUCUCGUCCUCGUUCCCUCUUCGACGCCCGUCUACACGCACGCCUCCCAACGUAGACCACGAGCUGCCUCGGUCGGAACGGGCGACGAUGCAUAUCCUAGUCGUCGAGGACAACCCUGUGAACCAGAAGAUUGCCACCAAGACCAUCGGCAAGCUGGGCUUUCAGGUCACGGCGGCGUGGAACGGCAAGGAAGCCCUCGACUACCUCAUGGGCGCAUCCCAAGGGCGCAACGCAAAGCCCGCCAUCAUCCUCAUGGAUGUUCAGAUGCCCAUCAUUGACGGCUACAAGUGCACGCAUCUGCUGCGGCAUCACCCGCCGUACAAGGCGCUUCUCCAGGACGUGCCCAUUGUCGCCAUGACUGCCUCGGCUAUCCAGGGUGACCGCGAGAAGUGCAAAAAGGCCGGCAUGGACGAUUAUCUAGCCAAGCCGGUAACAAUGAAUAUACUGGAAAAAAUGCUCAUCAGGUGGUGCACCAUGCGGCGGCGCCCCCCCAGCCUUCGCGACGUCACCAUGGCCUCGGACUGCUCGGGGGUGAGUGAACGCUGCGACAACGCCGACAUCCCGCAUAUUGGGAUCGAGAUGGAGGAUGUGGCGACGACGGUCGAGGAACAAAACCCGGACGAAUUCCACAACAGCCCGGUCACGCCGCGGCCGCUGACGACGACAAACGGGCAGCACGAGGCGUCACCCUUUGACUCGCCCGCCGCGGCAGAGGUUCCGCAGCUGAGGCGGCCAGAGGGCGAAAGGGAAUGGUCCAACAUGCUCCAGGAGACCAAACUGAUUGACGCCGCCGGCGGCCCAACCAUCUAUAGGGGCAACUCGUUUCAAGAUCCUCCAGCUGGCGAGGCCCUCACAGAGGAAAACGUGAACAAACUGAAGAGCGAGACGAGCAAUCUCAGCGCCAGCACGCCUUGA